AUGAAGAUGCUAUACAAAAUAGUUUGUCUUGGAGAUGGCGGUGUUGGGAAGUCGGCACUUACAAUUCAGAUAUAUAACCCAACAAUCGAAGAUUCAUAUCGAAAACAAACAGUUAUAGAUGGUCAGCCUUGCGUUCUAGAAAUAUUGGAUACUGCAGGACAGGAAGAAUACGCAGUUUUGCGUAAUCGAUGGAUCAGUGCUGGCGAAGGCUUUUUAAUCAUCUAUUCCAUAUCUUCAAGAUCAACAUUUGAGAGAAUAGAACAUUUUCAUAAUAGCAUUUUAUAUCACAAAAAUUAUGUACCACCAAUUAUACUUAUCGGUAAUAAAUGUGAUAAACAUGCUGAACGGGAGGUUUCAAGAGAAGAAGGAAUGAAUAUGGCGAAAAAGCUCAGUUGCGAUUUCAUAGAAACUUCUGCAAAAACUUGUAUGAAAGCUUUUGCUUAUAUUACUAUUCGUUGUGAUUUUUCGAUGGAAAACGAAGAUUUAAAUUAUUUAGCUUGCGAAGUUAUCGUUUCACUAGUGAUCUGA